GCGAAAUGUGUCAGUGAGGGAAGGUGGCGCCACAUUCUGUUUCGGUUGUGGGAUUCUCUUGUUGUUUCCGCAAAAUUGCUCUGAAUCUAUCGAUAAAUUGUUUUGGAAGUAAAAGACGGUUUGGGAAUUGCACCAAGCUCCAAUCUUUAUCCAAGCUCUGUAUCAAUGUGUAAUAACACUCGCUGGAUCUACCCAUCUCCUGUUGCAACUUACGAGCAAGUGGUGGCUGACAAGGAUCUCUUCAUGUCUACAUUAGUGAACUUACACUCUCAAAUGGGUACAAAGUUUUGGAUUCCGAAAGUAAGAUUUGAGGAUAUGAACUUGCAUAAGGUUUUUUGCAAGGUUACUUCUCAUGGUGGAAUCGAACAGAUAGUUAGAGAAAAGAAAUGGAAGGAUGUAUUUGAUACGUUUAACUUCCCCUGUUCACAACGAAACCCUAUCUUUAUCCUACAUGUGCGCAAACUCUAUUACUCCCUACUUCACAACUACGAGAUCAUCUACUUCUUCAAAGCUCGUGGCCUGUUUCCUCCAUUGACCGGAUUUGUCUAUGGAAAAAAUGAGAGUGGUUAUCUUGUUUCUUUCACAAUGGGAUCAUGGAAGAUGGAAGGAGUUUUGUAUGAGUCUACAGAGAAGAGAGCUACUCAAGAUGUAGAGAGACAGAGUUAUGAUAUUUUCCCAAACACUUUGACUGAUAAAGCCAACCCUCAAGAGCUUUUUAAAACAAAAUGCAUUCAGUGGGACAAGGCCACUAAACAGCAGAAAAAAGAGAUUGUUGAUGAUUUGAUGCUGCAACAAUGGUCUUCCAAGGAGAACACUGAAGCUGAUUUUCUAAUGGAAGAAUUUGAGGAAAAUGAAUAUGAGGAAUACUAUUCUGAUUCCGAAGUGGAACAACUGUCUCUUUGGGCUGAGAAAACGACUUUUAUGGAGAUAGCCAAUGACUUGAUGGUGGCUGUUCCUGUGACUGGAGUGUUGGAUGGAAUAUUUGACAGGGGUUAUUUUAUUAGUGUCACAAUCGAAUCAGAGAAGCUGCAAGGAGUCCUGUAUCUCCAGUCACUCAGCACAGUUACUCAAGAGAAGCUCAAUGCAGAGGAAGAAGCGGCUAUGAAUUUGAAUAGGUUAACAAAGGGAUGGAAGUAG